CACACCUCUGACAGAAGAUCGCAAAGAAACAUGAAAGAUUGCACUACUGUUUGAGUCUAGUUGUACAUUAUUUACAUUAUUUUCACAUAGUAUAACUUCAUUUAUUUUUAAUAAAAGAUUUUCUUCGACACGUGCUGAAGAAAAUGAGAACCAAUCGUCCCAUGGAGUUACCGGAGGACUUCUGGAUCCCCAUCCCUUUGGACACCAACAACAUCUCAGCCUUCAGUCCAUACUUGGUACCCCAGGACCAUUUGGGAAGCCUGGGGCUUUUUUACUCCAUGUCAGCUUUUAUGUUUUUCUUGUUUGCGGCUGGGACGGCCAUCAACGUCCUUACUGUUGCAUGUACUGCUCAAUACAAGAAGCUGCGGUCUCAUCUGAACUACAUCCUGGUCAACAUGGCAGUGGCGAACCUCCUGGUUUCUUCUGUAGGCUCUUUCACCUGUUUCUACUGCUUCGCCUUCAGAUACAUGGCUCUCGGCCCGCUGGGCUGCAAGAUCGAAGGAUUUACGGCAACUCUUGGUGGCAUGGUGAGCCUUUGGUCUCUUGCCGUGAUUGCAUUUGAAAGAUGGCUGGUCAUCUGCAAGCCACUCGGGAACUUCCAGUUCAGGUCUGAACACGCUUUAGUGCUCUGUGGGCUGACUUGGGUCUGUGCUAUGUGUGCUGCAGUUCCUCCCCUAGUCGGAUGGAGUAGGUAUAUUCCAGAAGGGAUGCAAUGUUCCUGUGGACCGGACUGGUAUACGACGGGCAAUAAGUUUAACAAUGAGUCCUACGUGAUGUUCCUUUUCGGAUUCUGCUUUGCAUUUCCUUUCUGUAUGAUCAUGUUCUGCUACUCACAGCUGCUGUUCAUGCUGAAAUCGGCAGCCAAGGCCCAAGCCGAGUCCGCCUCCACCCAGAAAGCAGAGAAGGAGGUGACCAGGAUGGUGGUGGUCAUGGUGCUGGGCUUCCUGGUGUGCUACCUGCCGUAUGCAUCCUUCGCUGUCUGGGUGGUCAACAACCGAGGGCAGACGUUUGACCUAAGACUUGCAACCAUACCCUCCUGCGUGUCCAAGGCCUCCACCGUCUACAACCCCUGCAUCUACGUCCUCCUUAAUAAGCAGUUCCGCUCAUGCAUGAGGCAGAUGCUGGGGAUGAGUUCAGGCGACGAUGAGGACUCAUCGACAAGUCAGUCAGUCACCGAAGUCUCAAAAGUUGGACCGUCUUAAACUGUUGGAUUCUCUUACUGGAUCUGAAAAUGACACUGACCAAUUAUAUCACGGCUGUAUUUUUAAUUCUUCCUACACGUAAAGAGUUUGCAAAGAAAAAUGUACAAAAGGCAUAUAGUGAAUAAAUGAAUAAAAGAUGUAUGUGAUUAAGAUAUUAUUGCUGUUAAAAUGUUAUUUACUGCACAUGAUGUUGAACAUGAAACAAAACCACAUAUCUUCAAUUAUGGAUUUUAACCUAAAAGCUUCUUUUCACGCUUGAAUGGGAAAAAGAAGGUCACUCAAAACCCAUAAAGUAAACGUAUCUGAAACCCUUGUGAAUAAGUCAUCCUGCAUGUCAAGCCCUGUGUGCAUAAACCUGUAAAUAUGUAGCAAUAAGGAAUUAAUAAAGAUCUAUGAAUGCUGAUGCUCGUGCUUGAAAAGUACACUAUCCGUGGACACACACACACACACAGGCAUCUGGAUCAACCAGUUAGUUCGUUGCUACAUGGGAGGUUAAC